AUGGAUUCCUCCAUGUCUAAUGACUACCCCACCGAUUUGGCCUACAACCCGCACAUGGUCAACCCCCAAGACCAGCAACAGGAAGACACCGCGGCAACUCACAAUGGCCAUGGUUCGAACCCUGCCACUUCAACUCCUCCCAUAGAUCAAGAUCCCAACCAACGAUAUAACUCCCCCAACCUCUACCAGCAACCCUCCUCCAGACCCGAUUCCGGAAUGGGCGGCUAUCAACAAACACAAUACCAACAGGAGAAUAGACAUCAACAACCUGCCAAAACCAACAAUGUCGUCAUUAAAGUUGGUAUGGUCGGGGAUGCCCAGAUUGGAAAGACGAGUUUAAUGGUCAAGUAUGUUGAAGGCAGCUGGGAUGAAGAUUAUAUCCAAACACUAGGUGUCAAUUUCAUGGAAAAGACAAUCUCAAUACGGAAUACAGAGAUCACUUUCUCCAUCUGGGAUCUGGGUGGCCAACGCGAAUUUGUCAACAUGCUGCCCCUCGUAUGCAAUGAUGCUGUCGCCAUCCUCUUCAUGUUCGACCUGACUCGAAAAUCUACCCUCAAUAGCAUCAAAGAGUGGUACCGACAGGGUCGAGGCUUCAACAAGACUGCCAUUCCAUUCCUGAUCGGCACUAAAUACGAUCAGUUUGUCAACUUCCCAAGGGAAGAUCAAGAAGAGAUCAGCAAUCAGGCGCGACGUUUCGCGAAGGCCAUGCGAGCAAGUCUAAUCUUUAGCAGUACGAGUCACAGUAUCAAUGUUCAAAAGAUCUUCAAGAUUGUCCUGUCUAAGGCCUUCGACCUGAAAUGCACCAUCCCUGAAAUCGAAAAUGUCGGCGAACCUCUCCUAUUGUACCAGGCGGUCAAUUGA